UGCUGGCUGCUCGAUUUAAACGUCCCAGUAUACACUGUAGCUAUUGAUUUUAAUAUUUUUCUAUUUUAAAUCCAGAUUGCACUAUUCUUGGGUGUGAGGUGUUAAAUGUGUGACGGCGGUGACUCUAAGGAUGGAACUCCCACCGAACGCAGCGUGGUGUAUGUUUACAGCCCGGACUAUGUGGAGACCUGCGACUCUUUAUCCAAAGUCCCAAACCGAGCGAGUAUGGUGCAUUCCCUGAUUGAAGCUUAUGGCUUAUUAAGGCAUAUGAGUGUAGUUAAGCCUCGUAUGGCUACGAUGGAGGAGAUGGCAGUGUUUCACACGCACUCUUACCUUGAGCACCUCCACAAGAUCAGCCAGAACGGAGACAAUGAUGAUCCUCAGUCGGGAGAUUUUGGAUUGGGGUAUGAUUGUCCAGUGGUGGAGGGUAUAUUUGAUUACGCAGCUGCAGUUGGCGGAGCCACUCUGACGGGCGCUCAGUGUCUGCUGGACGGAAAAUGUGAAGUCGCCAUCAAUUGGGCAGGAGGCUGGCACCAUGCCAAAAAGGACGAGGCGUCAGGGUUCUGCUAUGUGAACGAUGCUGUUCUGGGGAUCCUCAAACUGCGGGAGAAGUAUGAGAGGGUGCUUUAUGUAGAUGUCGACCUUCACCAUGGUGAUGGCGUAGAGGAUGCCUUCAGCUUUACUUCCAAAGUGAUGACGGUUUCUCUGCAUAAGUUCUCUCCUGGCUUCUUCCCAGGUACAGGCGACGUCUCCGACACAGGCCUCGGGAAGGGCCGAUGGUAUGCCGUUAAUGUGCCGCUGGAGGACGGAAUCAGAGAUGAUCGCUACCUCCAGGUCUUCACCAGUGUCAUAAAAGAAGUGAAAGCGCUGUUCAACCCCGAAGCCAUAGUGAUGCAGUUAGGGGCGGACACCAUGGCGGGCGACCCCAUGUGCUCUUUCAACAUGACUCCAGUAGGGGUGAGCCAGUGCCUGAGCCAUGUGUUGGAGUGGAAGCUACCUACACUGCUGCUGGGAGGAGGUGGGUAUAACCUUGCCAAUACUGCCCGCUGCUGGACCUAUUUGACAGGGACAGUCCUGGAACAGACUUUAUCCUCAGAGAUACCAGACCACGAGUUCUUUACGGAAUACGGUCCGGAUUAUACUUUGGAGAUAAGCCCGAGCUGCCGACCUGACCGCAAUGAGAGCCAGCAGUUGGAGCGGGUCAUCAGCACCAUCAAAGGGAAUCUGAAGAAUGUCAUUUAAGCAGGGGCUCUAUGCUCAUGUUUCCAAAUCAGACCCUGCUCUCCUAAUGAAGACAGUAUGUGGGAGCCAUCAACGGAGCGGAGCUUUGGAAAACAUUACUCAAAUGUUUCCGAGGAACUUUGUUUUAAUGGGAAAAUGAACAGGCCAGCGUUUCCCCAUGCGAGAAGUACAUAGUCCGAGUGGGUCACGAGGUGAACAGUCAACAGGGUUUUAUCACAUGUAAAAAAUUCCAUUGAUAUUUUGAAUUGAAAAACACGACAUGACCUAGACAAUCAUAUCGACUUAGGCUAAAGAAUCUCAAUUCUGGUAUUUGGUGCUUGCUCUUUCAGUGCGGUUUGUGUUUGAACAGCCGUCACUUUUAUCGUCAUGGAUCCACUUCAGAAAUGCGGUUAAAGUUGGAGAGCGUAUUCAGCGCUUGAAUUUGUUGUCAGAGAUAUCCGCUUGUUUUUAUUUCUUAUGUAUUAUUUUAAGUGGUUAGCCUCUUAAAGUUCCUUGGUGAAAUGGAGUCAUUGACCUAUAAUGCUGCCAACACAUGCUCAUACUCUCCAAAAACACAACAAACUCCUCCACCCAUGCAUGCUCACAGAAACUGGGAGGUAGACAGAAAGGAUAGAGGGGUGAGAAUGAAGAAUGUAGGUCGAUGAAACUUGGAAAUUCUGUUUGAUGCUUUUUUUUCCUGUGGUUUUUAACAUUACAUUAUAAAUAUUUGUUUCCUAAUAAAAUUGUGUGCGUGUGUUAGUCUGGUAUGGCCAAAUGUAGAACAGUACUGCUUUUCCUCACCUAUAAUCUUUAUAGUCUUCUCAGUGGCUGUGGUUUCUUUUAAUGGGACUGCAAGUGUCAUGCAUUAACUUGUUUAUUAGUGCUGAGAAACAUUAUUCCAUUCAUUCCGAUGCCAUAAAUGAAUGAACUGCAAAAAGAGCAGACUGUAAAAGCAGCGAGAUAACUGUCUCUGGGAUUUUGCUUUCCUAAAUCCCACAAGGCAAAGCAACAAGAGUCAACAAACAGAAUUACAUUAAAAUGUCUGUGGUCAUUUAUUUCGGAUAAAAGGACAAAGUGCUGUUAGGCUGGAAGGAGGAAAGACACCAAGAUGGAUAUGUACAGUAAAUGUAUAUAGUUCGUUUAAAAAAAUAAAAUAAUAAAAAUACCUUAAUUAAAUAUACUUGAAAAUGUAUGUAUACAGCAGUGUUAAUGAAGGGUUAUAAAACUAUCACAUUUUGCUUAAUGAUGGAUUGAUAUUCUUCAAUUCAUCAUUAAGUCUUGACCUGCAAAUAUAAUGUGGAGGAAAUGAAAUCACUUCAGUCAUUCCCGUCUUUUUAGAAGUUUGCGCUGUUUGAUUGUCAGUAAUGUGUUAAUGCCCAUGGUUUUGGAAUGGACAUAAAUGAAGUGAAUGAAGGUCAUGUGUCCCCAUACAUUUGGUCACUUUUAAAUUGUGUGAGUAUAAAUUAACGCAUCUGACACACACCCUACAUGAAAUCUAACAUGAUAUUUGAGAAACCUUUUGUUUAAUGCAAUUAUAAAAUUCCCUAUGAGUCCCGGGACCCUUUUCAGAAACAGAUGAUGGGUGCGCCUAUGAGCUCAUGCAUGGUUCGCCCAACAGUCCAUCUUGAAGACACACCCACCAGUCUGCUGUCUACAGACAAUAUCAUGUUGGGUAAAUGGCUGUCUGUCAGCAUUUCCUGCUGAGGCAUAGAUUAUUUACACUGACUGGGUUUAACCACAUGGUGGAAAAAAAUACAAUUAAAAGUUUGCAAAAGAAGGGCAUUUUUAAUAAUCUCUUUUGUUUCUUAGUCUGACAUUGAUUAUUUCAAGUCAAGAUUUUAUCCUGUGGGUUGUGGUGGCUCUGGAGCCUGUCCUGGAAACACACCCUUUAUGGGUCACCAGUCAGUCACAGUGCACCAUGAAUACACAUUUACAUCUAGGGGUAUUGGAGUCACCAAUUCACCUGCCUGCAUGUUUUUGGGCAGUGGGAAGCCAUGCGAUGUACAGACAGAACAUGUAAACUUUUACACAUAGAGUAACCU